AUGGACUUCUCCUCGACUAGCCCUCCUGCAGGCGAUCCUUUGUCGUCCAUAUUUGUUCCGGAUGUCAAUACAUCCAACGCAUUCAAUCACGGCACGAAUGUAGGCAAGGAUACUCAGCCACAACAAUUCGUUGGGUCUGGCAUACCAGCGUAUGUGGAAGGUUUGAAUGACCAAGCGACAUGGAACAAUGACUUGUCCAGUGCGCACAGCGUCCACAACAGCGGUCUGAUCCUUGAUGGUCAACUGGCGAGCCCUAUGCCUGGACCAUGGAACAACCACAAUUUGGUCGAUACACUUCUUCGUUCUUACGAUGGAGGGAUGCAUUUAUUCCAUCAUGACCAAGCUUUUGGGAACUCGUCAAUACCCUUUGGCAACGGCACGCUUCCCGCUUCUACCUCCCGUGAGAGCUCCGUUUCCUCUUGGUCAUCAGGUUCUUCACGCUCGACAUCGUCACUCAUGACUCCUCAUUGGACCCAAGCGCCGAGCUUGCAAACUCCGUUUCUCCAGCAACAUGCUCUCUUCAUGAAUACUCCAAUCCCCGAUGUUCAGCAGCCACAGAUGGCGAACAGCUUCAUGGGAAGCGCUAUGACUAGAACGCAGCCGAUUUCGCUGCCAGUUCCAAUGCAGGCACAGAACAUCCCCGAACUUCAAUUCCGCUACUACAAACACGAUAAUACCUUGGAUAACGUUACUCUCCCCGAGCCCAUCGCCGCUAGGUCAGGUGCAGCUGGUGUUGGUAUUGACAACUCGUCUCCUAUUCCGUUGAUGUCGACGUCCUCUACGCCCCAGUCUCAAGCUGCUGGUCCCUCCAGUGCUCGUGAGAAAGCAAAAUCCAAAGGAAAGGAAAAGGUCGACGACUCCAAGAAGACCGAGAACAUUGGUCCUAUACGUUCGAAGAAACGGAAGAGCCCAAAUUCAACUGUACCUUGCAAGGAUCCAACAUGCGACAAACUCUUCUUUUGUAAAAAAACCAUGUUGCGGCACGUAACCUCUCGCCAUGACAAGGAGAAGAGAUUGUUUUGUCCGGGCCUCCAUGCUGUACGCGAUGACAGCAUGCGAAAAUGCACGCACGCGUCUGGGUACGCCCGAGAGGAUUCUCUCAAGCGCCAUCUGGAUAGCGCAAAGGAAAACGACCCUUGCCGUAUCGAAGCGAAGAAAUUGGGAUGGAACCCAGCAGUUCCUGGAAGCAUCCAAAGGUUGAAAAAGUACCGACCGAGUAAUUCCAAUGGCGAGAUGGCAGAGAAUAUUUGA